AUGUAUAGCCUCCUCGGCCCCGCUCUGUUUGCGUCUCUUGUUGCGGCCCAUGGUCACAUCACCAACAUCGUUAUUAACGGUGUCUCGUUUAAUGGAUGGGACAUAAACAGCUAUCCUUAUACAGAAUCUCCUCCAGUCGUGGUGGCUUGGGGUACCCCAAAUACUGGUAAUGGCUUCAUUGCUCCGGACGCGUACACGACCUCAGAUAUUAUUUGCCAUCUCAAUGCUACUAAUGCCAAAGGGCACGCAGUGGUCGCUGCCGGUGACCGAGUCUUUCUUCAAUGGACUGACUGGCCAGAAUCGCAUCAUGGGCCAGUCAUUGAUUACCUCGCUAAUUGUGGCUCGACUGGCUGUGGAACUGUGGACAAAACCACUCUCAAGUUCUUCAAGAUUGACGGUGUUGGACUAGUUGACGACAAAACUGUCCCCGGCACUUGGGGCGAUGAUCAACUCGUAGCCCAGGGUUCAGGAUGGAUGGUCGAGAUUCCUCCCGAUAUCGCACCUGGGCAUUAUGUCUUGAGACAUGAACUGAUCGCACUCCACAGUGCAGGCACUGAGGGUGGGGCCCAGAAUUACCCCCAAUGCUUCAACCUGCAAAUCACCGGCUCCGGAUCAAAGCAACCAGCAGGUGUCUUGGGUACUGAUCUGUACCAUCCAACGGACCCCGGCCUUCUUGUGAACAUCUACACAUCUCUGUCAACUUAUGUUGUCCCGGGACCAACUCUUUACAGUGGUGCUGUCUCAAUCACGCAAACUACUUCGGCAAGCACGGCUUCUGGUACACCAGUGACAGGGACAGGGACAGGCGCUGCUACCGGCGGCACCACUACAACCUCAGCCUCCAAGGCUGCCACUACGACACUGGUGACUACGACAAGAACUACCAGCCCUACCACUCCUAGUAGUAAGAUCAGUACUAUCAGAAAGCUCGCUAGCACCACCCCCUCCAUCGAUGCCGCUGGUGGGGGCGGAGCAACCCAAACCCUCUACGGACGGUGCGGAGGAACUGGCUGGACAGGAGCAACUGCAUGUGCGUCGCCAGCAGCCUGUUCUUCGUCAAACCCGUGGUUUUCUCAGUGUGUUCCAACUUCUGCUUGA